CAUGGAAGACGAAAGCUGAUGAAUUUCCAGCAUUUUAACGAUGUGGAACAAUAUUUACGUGUUGGAACUCACAGACAAGACCAUCAGGUCCCCAGGCGUAUGAGAAGAGCACGUGCAAAAUUUUUCUUGAAAGAUGACGGUCUUUGGCAUUUUGAUGGCCGACGGCAACGCAAAGUCCUACGCAGCCCGGAAGAAGUGAAGUGUGUGCUCAAACAAUACCACAAUGAGAAGAGCCACAAGAAUAGGAAGGUGACUCGCAAAGAGGUGUCAGGACUUUUCUACUGGGGUUCCAUGACAAAAGAUGUAAACAAAUGGAUUGACAACUGUGAAGGAUGCAGUCAGAUCCGUCAAAAAUAUUGCUCUUCCCAAAAGUCAAAUUACUGCAUUUGCUACGGAUGUGAGAGUAGCCUGGUAUCAAACAGUGAAGACGAGAGCCUGACCUUUCACAGGUUCCCCAUAAGUGAUGACCAGAGAUUCAAGCUUUGGAUCUCCUAUACCAAACGGGAUCCAUGGUCUCUAACCCAAACAUCUGUCCUGUGCUCCAAGCACUUCACAGAGGACUGCUUUGAUCACUCGGGAGGGAGUGUAUCUCUCAAACCCGAUGCAGUCCCCACUGUGGCAAUGGCAUCAGACAUUCAACAGGAGAGCAAUGAAGAUGACGCUGACCCUUCCCAAGACCUGACAGAAGAUCAUAUAGAGCAUCUGUAUGCGAUGGAUUCAGAGAGGGCGGAGUUGGGAGGUUUGGGCGAUCUAGUGUGGGUAAAUGACCCAAACAGCAGGAAGGAUCCUGCUUUCUCCAGGUAUGAUGCAGUGGAGAGGUUCUUGAGGACAGGGACAUUUUCAAAGGAGCUGAUGCAGGACAUGAAGCACCAUAUCAGAAGAGCCUCAAAGCGCUUCAGUCUGGAAGGUGAUGUUCUGUACUACUGCGGAAGAACUGGACUCCGAAAAGUGCUUCGAAGUCGAGCGCAGGUCAAUGCGGUGUUGAGGGAACAUCACGAUAACCAAGGUCAUUACGGCAUAAAGCGUUGCACUAGCACCAUCACUGAGAAGUUCUACUGGGGAUCCAUGAUAAGGGACAUUGAACUGUGGGUUGGCAACUGUCAACUCUGCCUGAAUAGUGAUGAAACAUCCAAGAAGUUUCACUGCUCUGUGAAGGGCUGCUACACUCAAAAUGGGCCGGUGGAGAGAAGUCUGGGCCUGACCUUUCAUCGGUUUCCUUUCGAUGACCCUGAGAGGCUCAGCCAGUGGAUCAAAAACACACACAGAAGCACGUGGUCUCCACACACCAGAUCAGUGGUCUGCUCCAAUCAUUUCACUGAAGACUGCUUUGAGCUUGUAGGCAGGGAGAAGCUGCUGAAAAGUCAUGCUGUUCCCACCUUGUUACUUGGCCAUUCUAGUAUAGAGGAAGCACAGGGCUCAGAUGUGGAAAAUAACUUGGAAAAUACCCAGCGCACCUUUUUCUCAAAAUACGACGCUGUGCACAAAUACUUGAGCGAAGGCGCCUAUCCUCAAGGCUUAAAUGGUGUGGAGAGAAAUACACUGCGGAGACUCUGUCAACGAUUUGCUGUACAUGAUGGUGUGCUUUUUUUCACCACAAAUUGCAACCGACGCAAAGUGGUCAGGAACAAAGAGGAUGUCCAGGCCACCCUCACGGCAUACCACAAUGAGAUGAACCACCUGGAAGUGGACAAGUGCAUCACGCUCAUCUCCAAGCACUUCCACUGGGGCUCGCUGAGGGCCGAUGUCCGAUGUUGGAUCCAGAGGUGUGAGGAGUGCUCUGCUGCCCGUGCGCCUGCCCCACAGCCCUGUGCCAGUCCAGCCAGUCUAGAAUGCGAUGACCAUGAAUAUUUCAGCCAGACCCAGGCUUCAAGUCCUUUAGCCACAGACACGGCCAGCUCAACAGCUGGGGACGUGGAACGAGUCAAGGCUGUUGCUCAGGCAGAGCCAGUGGAAUCAGUUCACCUGGGCUCUGGCACAUCUGGGUAUCAUGCUGUUAAGAGAGGUGCUCCUCUGGAUAGCGCCGGACUUCCGCCAAACAAGCUUAGAAAAGAUGGAGAUGUGCUCCCCAUGUCCAGCGCCUUACAGAAUUCCCAGGUCCAUUUGGAGAAGGUUUUGCCAGUGCUGGACAGGAUGGAGCCUUUGCGUGCAAGGACAGUUUUGCAACAGUGCUCACAGCCCUGUGCCAGUCCAGCCAGUCUAGAAUGCAAUGCCCAUGAAUAUUUCAGCCAGACCCAGGCUUCAAGUUCCCAGGUCCAUUUGGAGAAGGGUUUGCCAGUGCUGGACAGGAUGGAACCUUUGCGUGCAAGGACAGUUUUGCAACAGUGCUCACAAGCAAUAAUUCAAAUACAUAAUGCAAGUUACAAAAGGAUUGAUGCUGGCUUAGUGAUAUAUUUGAGUUUUUCCAAAGAGGCCACAGAAGAGAUUAUCCCAAACAUGGUGAGAACCUUGCUGGAGGCCAAGUUGUUCCAUGUCGGAGGAGGAGAACCCUCAUCUGUGCUUGAUCUUCCCGGGAGUGUUCUCAUAGUUCCACAAGACUCCCUUACAGGAACACUGAAAGACUGCAAGUUUAAGUAUCUUCAGAGAAUUGAUGCUUUCAAUGGACAGCGGCUUUACAAGAACUUUGUGUCCCAGUGUGAGAGAGCUUUGGCAUCUUCCAAAAGGAGUGUGGAAGCCAAAUGUAUUGUCAAGUAUGGGGUUUACGGUCAGAAACAGACCAUUUACCUCAGUUCAGAUGACCCACUCACUCAUGUUGUGGAAUUUUAAAAUAUUUUUUUUGCAGUAUCUGAAAAUAUUUGGUGUGUAAUAUGUGAAAAUCAAAUAAAAAAUCAGAUGGUACAGUG